CCGGCAGGUGAGGGACCGCUGCGAGCGUACUGCGCGUGCGCACUUGCGCGCUCCCAGGUCUCCGGUGCUUCGAGUUCACCCUGAACGUUUUCGGAGGGAGGUCCGUGCCAAGACCAGGUCCUGAAUAAGCCCAGCCACAUCCUUUAUGACCAUCUCAGGUUUAUUCCGAUUUCCUGCACCACUGACCAGACUAUGCACAGUGCCCCGGGGACUUGGGCUUUGGGAGAAGCUGACACUGCUAUCCCCAGGAAUAGCUGCCACAGUGGUCCAGAUGGCAGGCAAGAAGGACUGUCCUGCUCUGCUUCCCCUGGAUGAGAAUGAACUUGAAGAGCAGUUUGUGAAAGGACACGGACCAGGGGGCCAAGCCACCAACAAAACCAGCAACUGUGUGGUGCUGAAGCAUAUCCCCUCCGGCAUCGUUGUCAAGUGCCAUCAGACAAGAUCUGUUGAUCACAACAGAAAGCUCGCUCGGAAAAUCCUACAAGAGAAAGUGGAUGUUUUCUACAAUGGUGAAAAUAGUCCUAUUUACAAAGAAAAACGGGAGGCAGCAAAGAAAAAGCAAGACAGGAAAAAAAGAGCAAAGGAAACUCUAGAAAAAAAGAAACUAUUGAAACAAUUAUGGGAAUCAAGUAAAAAUUCUACUGAGAAAGUAAUCACUGAUUCCAGCUGACUUCGCCAAAAGGCUUCCGGGGAAAGAUGGUGGCGACUCCUGUCACCAGCACUGGUACAAAGCUUUUAAAGAAAUAACUGACAGGUUUAAAAGACAUCAGUUUUUAAGUGGUGGACUAAACUAUAGUGAAUAUUGAUGCACACUUUGGGAAUAAAACUAUAAAACACAAGAAAGUUGUCACUAUAAAAGGGUACUGGCUACUUUUGGGGGGAGGCACUUGAUGUGGCUUCCAGGAUGGCUGGAGGAGUUGUUUCUUGACCUGGGCAACAGUUGGAAGUUACCUGCUCAUGGGUCUAAGUGUGGUAGGUGGCGCGCUGGGGAUUGAACUUAGAGCAUCACACAUACUAGAUGGGUACCCUUCCAAUAUUAUAACCUCAGCCCUUUUUUUUUUUUUUUUUUCCCAAAGAAAGGGUCUUUGGGGCUGCUGCAGAGCUCAGAGGUAGAGCACUCGCUUAUAAUGCAUAAGGCCCCAUGUUCAAUCCUCAGAACCACAAAAAAAAGAAAAGAAAGGCAGGCUGGCCCCAAACUCUUCAAUCAAGUGAUCCUCCUGCCUCAGCCUCCCGAGCAGUGGGAACUAAAGUGUUCCCCUCACACCUGGCUUAUUCUUUACCUUACUUGAGGCUAUCCAUUGAUUUAUGUGAUUGAGUUUUCUUUUUUCUUUUAGUUGUAGAUGGACACAGUACCUUUAUUUAUUUUUAUGUUGUGCUGAGAAUUGAACCCAGUGCCUCAUACAUGAGAGGCAAGCGCUCUGCCACUGAGCCACAAUCCCAGUCCUGAUUGUCUAUUGUAUAAAACCUUUAGAAAUUUGCUGGGUGCGGUGGUGCAUGCCUGUAAUCCCAGUGGCUUGGGAGGGUGAGACAGGAAGAUCACGCG